CACACGGUCUUGUGCUCCAUUUCACACACCUCCAGUCUCAGAUUCAGGAACAGCAAAGAAGACGCAGAUCCAGGGCGCUCACACAGAGGCAGAUCAGAAAACACAGUUUGGCCCCAGAGACAGACAUCAUGUCAGGGGACAGUAGUCAGGGUGAUAAAUCCCAGCGCAAUGGAGUCAAAAAUCACAGGUCGGCUCUUCCAGCUGCCAUGUUCUCAAGAAACAACAUCAGUAUGUGGAGCGUCCUCAAAAAAUGCAUUGGGAUGGAGCUUUCCAAAAUCACAAUGCCGGUGAUUUUCAAUGAGCCCUUGAGUUUUCUUCAGAGACUGACUGAAUACAUGGAGCACACGUACCUCAUCCACAGAGCCAACGCUUCACAAGACUCCAUCCACAGAAUGAAGUGUGUUGCAGCAUUUGCAGUGUCUGCCGUGGCCUCACAGUGGGAAAGAACUGGAAAACCCUUCAAUCCACUGCUGGGAGAAACAUAUGAGCUCCUCAGAGAGGAUCUGGGCUUCAGAUGGAUCUCUGAGCAGGUCAGUCAUCAUCCACCCAUCAGUGCAUUUCAUGCUGAGGGCAUAAAGAAGGACUUCAUGUUUCACGGCUCCAUUUAUCCCAAACUCAAGUUCUGGGGAAAGAGUGUAGAAGCUGAACCUCGAGGGAUCAUCAGCCUGGAGCUACCCGGACACAGUGAGGCCUACACAUGGACAAACCCCACCUGCUGUGUUCAUAACAUCAUCAUGGGCCAACUGUGGAUCGAGCAAUAUGGAAAUGUGGAAAUUAUUAAUCAUAAAACUGGAGAAAGAUGCUGUUUGACCUUCAAGUCAUGUGGCAUUUUUGGAAAAGAGUUGCAUAAGGUGGAAGGAUACAUACUUGAUAAAAGUAAGAAGAAGGUGUGUGCUCUCUAUGGUAAAUGGACCGAGUGUUUGUAUUCUGUGGAUCCAGCGGCGUUUGAGGCUCACAGAAAAUCAGACGUGAAGCGACCGGAGAAGAGCAGCACACAGAGCAGCAAUGUGGAAGAGGAACCGGAUGAAAUGCCUCCUCCAGAAGCAGAGACGGUGCAGCUCAUUCCUGGGAGCGAACUCAUCUGGAGGAUCUCACCACGACCAGACAACUCGGGCAAAUACUACGCUUUUACCUCAUUUGCUCUGCAGUUGAAUGAGUUGGAUGCAGAGAUGGAGCACGUUCUUCCACCUACAGAUUGUCGCCUGAGACCUGAUAUCAGAGCCCUGGAGAACGGAAACAUUGAUGUGGCCAGUGCGGAGAAGAACAGACUGGAGGAAAAACAACGAACAGCUCGGAAAGAUCGCUCCAAAUCCAACGUGGAAUGGAAAAUAAGGUGGUUUCAUCAGGGCUCGAACCCUCACACCGGAGCUCCAGACUGGCUCUACAAUGACAACUACUGGAACAGGAACUACUCGCAACUGCCAGACAUUUACUGACCACAAAUGAGGGAACGAGCACGUUUAAUAGCGCAAUGAGGUAAUAGCGCCAUGCAUUGGAAGGCAUUUGGGUUGAUUAAUAGAUGAGUUUCUGAUACGAUGCUGAACUGUGAUCAUGAGGAUACGGUCAAAGGAUCAAGAUGCACAACCCAAGCUUUACUUUCACACUAUCCUUAUAUGUAUUAACUCAUAUAAGACCUACAGUUGAAGUCAGAAUUAUUAGCCAUCCUGUUUAUUUAAUCCCCAAUUUCUGUUUA